GGGAACGUUGUCGUUUUGAAUUCGCUCAAAAGUCCCUUCGCCGUAGUUGAAGCUUCAGGUUCUCAUAGCAGAACUAGGUUUUUGUAAGGGUUUUGGCAGACUGCAACAAAGAGGGUUAGGGUUCUGUAAUGGGAAAGCCUAAUAAAAAACCAGCUCUAUUAGAUGAGGAUGAGAUUGAGGAUGAGGAAAUGAGUGAUCUCAACGAGGAAGUGUCUGAAUCAGAACAGGAAUCAGAUUCAGAAGAAGAUGAAGAUGUUAAAUUGGCUGAACCAUCAAAAAAGGCUGUAUACAACAGAGAGGGUCUUGAGGAAAAACUUCAAGAUAUUAGUUGGCCAGAAAAUGCUGGAUGGAUACACAAGCUUUCCAUAGAUAUUAAUCAAGAGCAAGAGGUGGAUGUGAAUGAUGACUUAAAAAGAGAGGCAUCUUUCUACACACAAGCAUUGGAAGGAACAAGCCAGGCCUUUGAGAAGCUGCAGUCGAUGGGAUUAACUUUUCUUAGGCCAUCUGACUAUUACGCAGAAAUGGUUAAGACAGAUGCUCACAUGGAGAAGGUGAAGCGCCGACUUCUUGCAGAACAGAAAGAGAUUGAGGAGGCUGAGGAGAGAAAGAAGGCCAGAGAGGCCAAGAAACUUGCUAAAGAAAUUCAGGCCCAGAAGACAAAGGAGAGAGCCAAACAGAAGAAAGAAGAGAUUGAAUCUGUUAAGAAAUGGAGGAAGCAGAGACAGCAAAGUGGGUUUGCUGGUGAUGUCAAUGAUGGCGACUUGAGUUUGGCAUUUGAAGAUGGCAAAUCAUUUGAAAGGUCUAAUAGGAGAAGGCCAGGUGUGGCUCCAGGAGAUCGGUCUGGGGGGAAGGCAAGACAAGGUGGUGGAAAGUUUAAGAAAGGAAUGGAUAAGAAAAGGAAGGGUAGAGAAUUUAAAGAUUCUAAGUUUGGAUAUGGAGGGAGAAAAGGCAUGAAGAAGCAGAACACCGCAGACACCACUGAUGAUAUCGGAGGGUUUAACAAAGGUGGUGUUGCAGGAAAUAAGAAGAGGAAGAGGUGAUAUGUUUUCUGAUUAUUGUAGCCUGUUGGGAGGGUUUUUGAUUCUUUUGACCCAUGUAAUCUUUGAUGCUAUGAUGCUUAUAGUGUUUGUUCUUAAGGUAAAAACUAGUUUGUUUUAUGGUAUUCUGAUUGAUUAAUCCUAAUUACUCACAAUUUUGCUUGUCUGAA